CAAAUUGUUUAACACUCAGUUUAUUGUGCGACGCGGUGCGGUUUAAAACUAGAAGCUUUCUUCUUGCAAAUAUUGCAGCCGUCCUUAUAUAAUUAAUGCUCAAUAAUGCCGAAAAUUGAUCCAGAAACACAAAAACUGUACGACGAAAUCAAUGGCAUGAUACAGAAGUUUAAGGAUGACCAAAAAAGCAAGGCUGACUGCACGUUGGCCGACAAAUGCGGCGACAUGGGCGACGUGACCAAGAUUCGAUUCUCAUCCAAGAAGAUUCUCAAGGGCCACAUCAACAAGGUGAACUCGGUGCACUUUGCCGGGGACUCGCGGCACUGCGUCACGGGAUCUCUGGAUGGCAAGCUGAUCAUCUGGGACACCUGGACCGCCAAUAAGGUGCAGAUCAUCCCCCUGAGAUCCGCCUGGGUGAUGACGGUGGCCUUCUCGCCGUCGGGCAACUUCGUGGCCUGCGGAGGAAUGGACAACCAGUGCACCGUGUACGAUGUGAACAACCGGGACGCCUCCGGUGUGGCCAAGAUGGUCAAGGAGCUGAUGGGCUACGAGGGAUUCCUCAGCUCCUGCCGCUUCCUAGACGACGGCCACCUGAUCACCGGCUCGGGAGAUAUGAAAAUCUGCCAUUGGGAUCUGGAGAAGGGCGUCAAGACAAUGGACUUCAAUGGACACGCUGGCGACAUUGCUGGCCUCUCGCUUUCGCCCGACAUGAAGACCUACAUCACUGGCUCAGUGGACAAGACUGCCAAGUUGUGGGAUGUGCGCGAGGAGGGCCACAAGCAGAUGUUCUUCGGCCACGACAUGGACGUGUCAUCCGUCUGCUACCAUCCCAGUGGCUUCGGAUUCGCCUCCUGCUCGGAGGACCAGACGGCGCGCAUGUACGACCUGCGGGCGGACCAGCAAAUCGCCCAGUAUGAGCCGCCCCAGAAGAACACUGGCUUCACGUCGUGCGCUCUAUCGACCAGCGGGCGCUACCUCAUGUGCGGCGGCAUUGAGGGCAACGUGCACUCGUGGGACACGAUGAAGCAGCGGCACACGGGUACACUCUCUGGUCACGAGAACCGCAUCACUUGCAUCAGCCUGUGCCCCAAUGGCAUGUGCCUGGCGUCCACCAGUUGGGAUCAGCAGGUGCGUCUGUGGCUCUAAUCGGAUCUGAUCUGGCUGCAGACUCGUCCAAAAGCGAAGGCAACGUUUAUGCGCGCGAUUUGUUUGCGAAUAACGUAUACGCAAUAUGCAUGGUUCGCCUGCUUGUUGCAAGGAAGUUUCUCAGAGCGGACUUCAAUAUUAUUACAGAAUUUAGUUCGAUUUUUUUGGUUUAAUCUAUAGCUUGCCCUUAAAAUGCCUAUUCGCAAGCAAGACGUGCGUAUGAAUAUAUUUAUAACAAUUAAAUACUUGAUUACCUAGAGAAAGUAGCCUACAAAAAUGAGCAAGUGCCAAUUGGAUGCGCGAUAAUAAAAUGUGUGACGUAGUACAACCAAG